CAUAAGACAUUCCAAUACCAAUCAUCUCCAACACUCAUCUUUUGUUUAUUCUCUUCUUGAGUUUGUAUAAAUCGCCCUCGUCAGGCUAGCUCUUUCGUUGACACUACUGAACCAUGGCCUUCGUUAAACUUGGCCUCUCCCUCCUUUUGCUCGUCCUAAUUCAUGGCGUUAUCUUUCUUUCUGAUCCAGUACUUUGUGAUGAUGAAGACGACACACUCUUCCAAGGCAUUAACAGUUACAGGCAAUCACUAAAUCUCCCCGAAUUCACUGAGAACGACAAUGCAGGGUGCCUAGCUGAUGAAAUCGCCGAUCAAUUAGAGGAUCUACCUUGCGACAACGCCUCUGAUUACAGCUUUGCUCCCGGCACCACCCCCAAGUUCAGCAACUUCAACAAGCUCCUGCACUCGUGCCACAUAAAUGUCAACAACACUGUAGAUGGGGUCCUAAUGCCUGUUUGUGUACCCAAAUUAGACCCAACUUUAGUACUUUCCAACUACACGAAUUCUCAAUAUGCAAAGUAUCUUAAUGAUUCCAGCUACACCGGUGCCGGGAUUGCCUCUGAGGAUGACUGGAUAGUGGUGAUCUUGAGCACCAACACAUCGACUGGAAACUUUUCUGGUGUUGCUUCUUUGGUUCCCAACAUCAUGGUUAACUACAUGGUUGCUUUGUUAUUCAGCUUGCUGCUUGUUUUUUUGAGCUGAAGUGUUCCGGCCGGGUGUGUUCAUGUCAUAUAAAUAAAUGUACCUUGUUUUUUUUUUGGUACCCUGUUUGUUUUUGUUCUUGCUUUUUUCUUUUUUGGCAUGAGUUUCUUAAUGUUCUCUCUGUGAGAGUAAAGCUGUAAAAUUGGCAGCGAUUGUCUUCGAUUCUUGCUGGAGAUGUAUAAGAUCUGCAAAACAAAAUUAUGUAGUUGAUUAAUACGUUUUUGUGUUUGAUUCUGAU